AAAUCCACAUCCAUCUUUGUCCAAGCACUUUUGUUGACAAUGCUGCAUUCAAAGACAUACCCCGAUGAAGGUAUGCUAGCUGCAAAGGUUGAAUAUGAAUGCAAAGUGAGAGGUGCCCAACGAAUGGGUUUCAAUCCCGUGGUUGGUGGCGGGCCUAAUGGAAGUGUUAUACAUUACUCUAGGAACGAUCAAAAGAUUAAAGAUGGAGAUCUUGUUUUGAUGGAUGUUGGAUGUGAGUUACAUGGCUAUGACAGUAAUCUCACACGUACCUGGCCACCUUGUGGUACCUUCUCUUCUGCACAGGAGGAGUUUUAUGAGCUUAUACUGGAAACAAACAAGCAUUGUGUGGAACUUUGUAAGCCUGGUGCAAGUAUUCGACAAAUACACAACCGUUCGGUUGAAAUGCUGCAGAAAGGACUAAAGGAGUUUGGAAUUUUGAAAGGUUUUGGAAGCAGUUCCUACCAUACGCUGAACCCAACUUCUAUAGGUCACUAUCUCGGAAUGGACAUUCACGAUUGUUCAAUGAUCAACUUUGACCGUCCUCUGAAGCCAGGUGUUGUAAUAACUAUUGAACCGGGGGUGUACAUCCCAUCUUCUUUUAAUUGCCCAGAGAGGUACCGAGGCAUUGGGAUAAGGAUUGAGGAUGAGAUUCUCAUUACAGAAACAGGUUACGAGGUUUUAACAGCAUCAAUUCCUAAAGAAGUGAAGCAAAUUGAGUCCUUGCUGAACAACUUCAGCCAUAGCCAAAAUAACUUGAGAGCUACAUUCAACUAAUGUUGUCCAUAUGCAUUCAAGAACUGGGACAGAA